AUGGACGGCAAACGACCCAAACGGCCGGAGAGGCACGAGCAGGACAGCCACGUAAAGAAGAAUCCAACGGAGCCCGAAACGGAAGCUACCACAAAAAGAAACACCGAACAAAUUACAGGACACAAACACGCGUACCACACUCACGCCAACAAGACGAGACAGACUCCGGACAGCAAUACAAAGAGAAACACACAAGAAUUCAAACAAUCGGAAAACAAACGACACCCACCAACACUAAAACACCACAAAAAAACAGAACAAACAGGCAAAGGAAGGAAGCCACCACUCUCCCCCGACCGUAAAAAAGCUGACACAACACCGCGACAAAACGCACAAGACGGAGAAGAGAACGCGCAGAGUCCGGCAGAAAGCCAACAACACCAAACAAAAGCAAGACACCACAACACACCUGGAUCCCAAGAGAAAGUACCCAUGGAACACGGCCAAAAAGACCCCACCCCCAAGCAGAUCCAAGACACACCGACGCCAGCCCGCCCAAGGAGAUGCCAAAACCUGAAACCACACACACCACGCAGCGAUAACGAAAGCCACAAAGACCGCAAAACGAGACGCAAAACGCAGCAAAAAAACAACGAAACAGGGAUGAUAUACCCACAUCCCCGCGAAAGAAACCUCCCCACAACCUCAAAGAAGAAAACCCACACAAAUCCAGAGCCAGACAACCAAACCCCAGCAAGCAACAGCCAGAAAUCCAAGGAAGACGCCAGAACCACGGGCCAAAUGGUGACGACCAAACAAACGAACACCAGGAAGCGAAGAAAGCCAAAAGGAUCGCCCACACAAAACGAACAGAGUGCGCCGACACCCGCCCCCGAAACGGAAACUGACACAACACAGACAAGCCCAGCACCAGGAGCAGGCCAAAACCAGAACAGCACACAGACAGCACAGGGAAGGCAAAGCGAACGACGCCACAGAUAA